GGAAAGCCUUGUGUUGCUGAUUUCGUAUGUGCUAAACCAAAGGAGUUUUUAAAAAGAAGAAAACACAGACUAUAGGAAUAUGCCAUCCAAGCAGAAGACAUUAUUAUUUUUGUCCGGUUUUGUAGCCAGUAUUGGAUCUUUUGCCAUUGUUUGUACCUGCUUAGCAACAACGGAAUGGGUAUCGAGUAAGGUUGAUUACAGGAAAGAUAAUUCCAGCGGUUAUGUGAAUAUUCAGUAUGGACUCUUCCAAGGAACCCAUGCCAAGAUUCCUCUAACAGCAGGACUUGGCUCAGAAACAAUCAAAUUUCAAGUUAUGGAUUAUGUAAAAGACAGCUCUAAAAUAAUCCAGAUAGUGAUCAUCUUGUUCCUUGUCCUGGGCCUGAUCUGUUCGUUCCUAAGUUCUGCAAUCACUUGCCUGAACAGCGUGAGCAACCCUUACCUGACCUACCUGGGACCCAUUGGAGUCUAUGUCUGCGUGUCAUUAAAUGCCAUCCUCAGCCUGCUCUGCAUGAUUCUGUGCGCUGCCAAUGCAGAGAUAACCGGGAUGCCAAAGCAACUAGCCAUGACGCUGGAUAAAGCUGGAGAUCAGUUUUACAAAACGCGCGUCUCCUACGGAUAUUCCUUCUGGCUAUUAAUCCUGAUAAUAGCUCUCAAUUUCGCCACCGUAGCAGUUAUUUAUGUUUAUCAGCAAGCAAAAUACACUAAGCAAAAGGAACAAGAGAGGCCGAUGGAAAAGGCGACCCAAGAUGUUAUACUCUUUUGAAGGCAGGACGGACAGCAGUUGCACAGAGUGCAAGUGACUGAUUAUUUAACUUUCUAUUUGAUCCCCAACAGAACAGGAGGCUCUCUGUGGAAGGUCCCCUUAGCCAAUAAGAACAUUGCUUUCUCUCCUCUUCCAGAAAUAUUAACAUCUAUUUUCACAACCUUUGGAAGAUUUUCCAUGUUUACAAGUUUCUGUAGUGCUUGGGGUGCUGAUACUGUACUUACAGGCAGGGGAUAAAACUAGUGUAGCGUAAAACCUGAACCCGACCAGGUCCCACAGCCUGCAACCCCUAAUCUUCUACCUGCUGGAACCCACUAACCAACCAGCAACUGCCUUAUCUGUAUCCCAAUCCAAGACACUCUGACCACCAUUAAAUAUAUAGUGCAGUUGCUGCAAACCAGAAGUGACAUCAUCAGCAGUGAGCGCGGGGGGAAAAAAACAUUUAAAAAAUGUUUAAAGGGUUAAAUAUAGAUAACAUAGAUACUAUAAUGUAAAAUAAGAAUACAGAUAAGACCAACAGACCCACAACCCGCAUCUAUACCCGCAUCCAGAAACCCUACCAGCAACCCACAGGGUACCUACUUUAAAUGCACAGGCCCCUGAGCUGCUACAGGACUCUAUUCUAGUAUGUGUGAAUGUGAUAAGCACCUUAGAUUGUAAGCUCCUCUGUGGCAGAGACUGAUGUAUCAUCUCUGUAUGCUGCCACUAUACACUGUAAAUAAAGAAGAACAAUGAUUAAUAAAUCUUAAA